AUGGCAGCGAAUCCAUUUCUUCUCGCUGCGGACAACUCUCCCGCGCUACUACCCCUCCUGCGCCAAAACCCUUCCAUGGCAUCAAAGCAAGACGAGCAUGGGUAUUCUCUACUGCAUGCGGCCGCCUCUUACAACCAUAUUCCUCUGCUGCGCUCGCUCGUCAAUGAGUUCAAUGUUGAUGUGAACCUCAAGGAUGAGGACGGGGAGACGUGUCUGUUCGUUACCGAGACUGUCCCCGUGGCCACGUGUUUGGUAGAAGAGUUACGUUUGGAUACAUUCAUUACGAAUGACGAUGGUCUCACCGCAGUAGAGAAGAUUGAGGAGGAAGGGGAUUUCUUGGAAGUCGCGUCGUAUCUCCGAAGUAGGUCGGGUGGAGUGACGUCCCGCCCAGGUGACUUUUCACCAAUCACAGCACAAAGUCACCCACCACCUCUCCCGUCAAACGUUACAGUGGAUGUGGGCAUGAUGGCAGAUCAGCAGUUCAGCGACGAAAUUCAACAGCCCGAUCCCGAGUUUAAGAGACGUAUAGAAGAACUGGCAGCCAAAGACGACUUUCACGGGGAGGAGAGACAGCGUGAAUUACGGGCUCUCAUCACGGACGCGGUCCGGGGAGUCACAGCUGAAGAUAGGGACACGAGAAGACGGCUACAAUAA